AUGGAGCAGGAGGCCGGUGCUCCGGUGGCCGACGCCUGCCUGCCGGACAACCAGGCCUCCGGCGAUGCGGCGCCCUUGGGCAUCGGCGCCGCUCACUGGGCUUACAUCCGGCAGCAGCGCCGCCACCGGGCCACCUGCUCGACCACCACCUGCCCCACCUGGGCGGAGAAGAAUGUGCGAGUGCUCUUUGUCGUGCAGCCCGGCGAGCGCAAUACCAUGGACCAGCGCCACAUUGAGUACUCCUUGCGCGGUCUGCAGGCCGGGCAGUAUGGCGAUCGCAUCGCCGCCUCCCCGGAGACCGGGGCCUUCAUCGAGGGUCCGGUGUGGUCGAUGCGCGCCUCGCUGGCGGACAUCCAUCGCGAAGGCACCAUCGACCCGGCCACCGGGGCCCUGCUCUUCCGCGGCUUCGAGAUCUCGGUGGUGUACUUCCGCGCGGGCUACUCGCCGAAUGAUUACCCCACCGAGGCGGAAUGGGCCGCCCGGCGGCUGAUGAACCGGUCGACCGCGGUCGAGUGCCCGGACCCGGCCUUCCACCUGGCCGGCUUGAAGAAGGCCCAGCAGGUGUGGUGCGAGGCCGGCGUGGUGGAGCGCCUGCUGGCCUCCUCCCGGUCGUAUGUCCAGGCCGACGGGUCGCCGGAUGUGGCGGCGGCCACGGCCGCUGCCCAGGCCCUGCGCCAGGUGUUUGCCCUGCAGCAUGGCCUGGAUUCGCCGGAGGCCACGGCCGCCCUGGAGCGCGACGCGGCCAAGUACGCCGCGGCCGAGUCCCUCUGUGACGACGGGCCUGGGGACUAUGUGCUGAAGCCCCAGCGCGAGGGUGGCGGCAACAACGCCCACGGGGCCGGGGCCCGGACCACGGCCGCGAGCCUGCCCCCGUCCGAGAAGCCGGGCUGGAUCCUGAUGGAGAAGAUCGCGGCCCCGCACCGGCCGAGCGUGUUCAUGCGCCACUGCGAGGUUCUCCCGGUGUCCGAGACCAUUUGCGAGCUGGGCAUCUAUGGCGUCAUGCUGGUUGACGAGUCCACCAACCAGGUGUUUGUCAACCGCCCGUCCGGGUACCUGGCCCGCACGAAGCCGGCCACCAGCGGCGAGGGCGGUGUGGCUUCCGGCUUCUCGUGCCUCGACAGUGUGGAGCUGAUCUAG